AGCAAAUUAAAAAAUUAAGAACGUCAAUCAAUUUUUGUCAUUUUUGCAAUGAGAAAAUGCAUCGAAUGUACAGCGACGGCCUCUUCUUACUUCCUUUGCAUUAUAACGUUUCCCUUUUCCAUAUUUGCCUGUCUCAAAAUUGUUCAAGAGUUUGAAAGAGCUGUUAUUUUUCGGUUGGGGCGUCUCCGUUCCGGGGGUCCCCGAGGCCCCGGAAUUUUUUUCAUCCUUCCAUGUAUAGACGAAUACAUCAAAAUUGAUCUCAGAACUGUCACUUUUGACAUUCCUCCUCAAGAAGUCUUAACUAAAGAUUCAGUCACGAUGUGGGUCGACGCAGUUGUGUAUUUCCGAGUCGACGACCCACUCGCCGCCAUCCUUAAAGUGGAAGAUUUUCAGAGGUCCACACAUUUAUUAGCAAUGACAACUCUUCGAAACGUCUUAGGGACAAAAACCUUGAUGGAAAUUUUAACAAAACUUGAAAAUAUCGCACAUUUAAUGCAGGCACAAUUAGAUGAAGCUACAGAUCCAUGGGGAGUCAAAGUAGAACGAGUCGAAAUAACUGAUGUCAGAUUACCGCAAAACUUGCAACGAGCAAUGGCGGCCGAAGCUGAAGCGUCGCGUGAAGCUAAAGCUAAGAUAAUCGCAGCUGAGGGCGAAAAGAACGCAGCUCAAGCUUUGAAAAUGGCAGCUGAUACUAUUACUCAAUCACCAGCUGCAAUUCAAUUGCGGUAUUUACAGACAUUAAGUAAUAUUUCAGCAGAGAAAAACUCGACGAUUAUUUUCCCUAUUCCGAUGGAGCUUUUUUCUAAUUUUACAAAAGGAAGAUAAUUGUUUUCAAUAAAAAAUUCAACUAAU